CUCAUCUGCAGCAGACGGAAAGAUGAAGCCGUCAGGCUGGUGGCUGCUGUCUGUUUAUGUCACGUGUUUCCACCCGUGUCUCAUUCUGGCCAUUAAGCGGAUCAUAGUGAAUUACUCAUCUCAGAACCUGUCCUCGGUUCCCCCCGGCCUCAAACCGUCAACAGAGGACUUGGAUCUGUCGCUGAAUCGCAUCCAGGCACUGACAGCCAAAGACUUUAUCACAACACCACGACUCCACUUUCUCAAUCUGUCCUGGAAUAUACUGGAGAACAUAGACAUGAAUACGUUUAACGCCACACCAGCUUUGGAGAUCUUGGAUCUAUCGCACAAUAGACUCCAGAACCUCUCGGACCAACCAUUCCUGUUUAAAACGGGACGUCUGCAGCUCUUAGACUUGUCAUCCAACUUGUUUUCCAUCAUGGCACUAGGAAGACAAUUUUCCACCUUGAAACACCUGCAAUGGUUGGGUCUGAGCGCCAAAUCAAUCAGCAACCAAGACUUCACUUACAUCGCCAAUAUUACUCUCAAGACACUCUUUAUUAAUGCAAACGGCCUACAGACGUAUGAGGAGAACAGUCUUACAGAAGUACGCUCCGAGAAAGCCAUCAUCGCCUUGUCCAAAAGCGACCUUGACAUUGCAAUCGCUGUUGAUGUUUUUGCUGCAUUUAAAGAAGUUGAAUUCACUUUGGUGGACAGCGGGAUGAAGGUCAUCCAGCAGAUACGCCGCAGAGGAAUCCUACGCACCGUUAGCUUGGAAAUAUCCAAAGUGAAAACCACCUGGGAAGUUCUAACAAGCUGUGUAAAGACAAUAUUGCAGUCUACAAUCCGACAGCUUUCUUUCUCAGACCUUACAAUGACGAAAAUGGAUGACGGCAUACCGUUGCCCACAAGCCGCAUAUUGGAUUCCUUCUCUACGACUCGAGCAUCCGUAACCGAAUUCAUCUUCAAUCAGAAAGAGCUCUAUGACUUCUUCAUAAAUAUGCCUGCAAGAAACAUCAGUUUAACCCAAACGCCAAUCAUCUUCAUGACCUGUCCUUUGACUGUUAGCCAGAUCGAGGUGUUGGACUUGUCUGAUUGUGCUCUUACGGAAAACGUCUUCUCGAUUGAUCCGGAUACUGAAUGCAGUACAUUGACAAACCUAGUAAAGUUGGUUCUGAAGGGGAACAAUUUGAAACUCCUUAGACCGCUGACCUCAAGAAUCCAUCUCAUGGAUUCGCUUCAAUACAUCGACCUCAGUCAGAACACACUUACCUAUUCGGAGGAACAAGGCAAGUGUGUUUGGCCUCCCAAAGUUGUCCAACUGGAUUUGUCUUCGAAUGGGUUCGAUCAGAGCGUCUUCAAGUGUUUGCCCGAUUCCAUACGGAUCCUAAACCUUCGGAAUAACCGAGUGACCUCAGUACCUUCAGAUCUUCAGGUUUUGGAUGACUUGACGGUCCUUGACCUUAUGGACAACCGUCUUCUAGACCUUCCCACCUGCCAAGCGUUCCCAAACCUGCAGAAGCUCUCUAUAAGAUCCAACUCCGUUCAUUCGCCUUUACCUGAAGCCCUUAAGACUUGUCCGCAUCUUCAAGAUCUGGACUUGAGUCGCAACCCUUUCAUCUGUACAUGUGCUUUGCGUGAAUUCUCUGCUCUCAUCAAAGACCGAGCGACACGUCCGAGAGGAGAAACUCUUGGUUUGACUCUUGGCCACUGGCCGGAAGGAUACCGAUGCAGUUACCCAGAAUCCUGGAGCAACUCCUUACUAGAAGACUUCUACCUUCCUGAGAUCUCCUGCAACGCUUGGAUCCUAGCUAUUACUAUUCUGAUCCCGACAAUCACUUUAAUAGUCGCCGUUAGCCUUCUUUGCAAUCGUCUGGACGUGCCAUGGUACCUCAAGAUGAUCUGGAAAUGGACGCGAGCCAAGCACAACGCAAUAACUUCCCACAGGAAAUCAGAAGACUUGGAAGGGUUGUGCUUCCAUGCAUUCGUAUCGUACAGCCAAAAGAACGCCGACUGGGUCAAAUCUCAAUUUCUUCCCAAGCUCGAAGGCGACUAUAGCUUGCGAGUGUGUCACCACGAGCGCGACUUCAUCCCGGGAAAGACGAUCGUCCAGAACAUUCUCCGAUGCAUCGAGCAGAGCCGAAGGUGCGUCUUUGUGCUCUCCUCUCAUUUCGUCCAGAGCGAAUGGUGCCACUACGAACUCUACUUCGCCAAUCACCAGCGGGUGACGCGAGGGAUGGACAGCAUUAUUCUCAUUCUGCUGGAACCUCUGCCGAUGUAUCUCAUUCCCUCCAAGUACUACCAGCUCAAGUCUAUGAUGUCCAGACGCACAUAUCUGGAGUGGCCACCGGAGGGAGCCAAGCAGAAACUCUUCUGGGCAAAUCUCAGAGCAGCUCUGCAGGCCGACCUUCCCAGUCCGUCAGAGAGAGAAUAGUGAAGAGAGGAAUUUUCUCUAAUCAUUUCUUAGAGAUUGUUGAGCAGAUAUUUAUUUAAAGCAGUGGUUCUCAACCAGAUGACUUUAGCAAACUUCCACAGGGGCCUCAAGAUGGCUUAAAAUGAUUUGAAAUAAGACAAAACAUGCCUAAAAUUAAGAUACUUAUAAUUUUAAUUUACCCCAACUCGGAUAUAAGAGGUGGCUUUUGGACCUGGAAAAUGGAGUUUAUUCUUUUUUUUUAACACAAUGCCAGCUUUAUAUGGCUAUUUCAUGGUGAGUCAAUGUUAUGAUAAAACUAUAUCAGGUAUUUAAAAUCUAUCAUUGCUAAAAACUCCAAACCUGCUUUUGUUUAACCAUGAACAAUUUCUUGCUGGACUAUGGAGAGAUUUCACAUACUAAAUUAAAUAAAUGAAUAUAUAUAUAUAUAUAUAUAAAAUGGAAUUAUUAAAUACUUCAUGGAAUGAUGCAAUAAUUAAAUGAAACUACAAUAAAAUGGAAGCAUAAAUGUUUUUUUUUUUCAUUUUAUAAUUGUUUAAAACAUAAACUAGAUUAAAUUAUCAUGCCUGUUCAUGCUUACAUUUCUUUGCACAUUUAUUUAUUGCAACAUCCCAUGAAGCAAAUAUUCAUUUUAUUAUAUAUUACAUAUUAUAUAUCUUAUAUAUUUAUUCACUUUAGUCUGUUGCAUCACUCCGUACAAGAAAAUCAUGUAAAUUAACAAAAUCUUGGGCAUUUUUGUAAUAAAUAUAAAUUUUUCUGAUUAUAUUCUAAAAAUAUUUUCCAAGCUCUAUCACAAAUGACUGAAAAAGCAUGUAGAU